UGCGCGUGUGUGUCCUGCACGCGCAGCAGUGAACUAGGAGUGUGUGUAUGUGUCCUGCACGCGCAGCAGUGAACUAGUUGGUGUGUGAGAGAGAGAGUGUGAGUGAGUGUGUGUGUCCUGCACGCGUAGCAGUGAACUAGCCUUGACCCCACAGUGGUGUUUUAGGAAAGCAGAAUGAUUCAAAGCGCUUUUUCUCAGUGGUGUAAAGACGUCACGAGUCACUUUUACUCUGAGAUGAAAAACAUUUCAACAGCUGUGGGCUUCACGUCUGCGUCAUUUCUGGUCAUCUCCUACUUGAUACUCGCAUGCAGCAGGUCUCAGUUCAGAGAUGCUGCAGUCUGGGUGUUGUACUCUCUGAUUGGUGACCUGUGUCACCUUACUGGAGCUUUUCUCUCUAAUCAGACGUCUAUUCAGUGUAUUAUGGCUAUGAUCAUGACCAGCUUGGAUAUGGUGCAUUGCAUCUCAGCUGCUUUGCCUCUUUGUUGGUGGUACUAUUCCUCAACCGGAAGGAGGAUGAGAAUGUUACGCAGAAGAAGGAGGCAGAACGUUUUUGUGGUCUGUCUGCUGUUUGGAAUUGGAGGAUAUGUGUACGCUGAUAUACGUGUAUGUCACGUGCGUGCCGUCGUAUUUGGCUCUCCGACACGCAGGAAGCUGCUGAACGUCCUCGUACUUGAUCAGACUGAACUGCUUGGUUAUGUGCUCGGCCUUCUGUCCUUUGCUAUUAGCUGGACCUCCAGGAUCCCCUUCUUUCUGAAAGCUAACAGAGGAGAGAUGAGUAAUUCAACGCAUGUUUCCUCGAGAGCUUUCAGUGCUGCGGCUGGAGCUCUCUACGCCUCUGCUAUAGUACUCCAUGAGCCGCGGCUGGAGCAUGUCCUUGAAGCGCUGCCAUGGAUCCUCUCAGGAGCGAGCUGGGCGAUCCUUGAUUUCUCUAUUUUGCUUCUCUCCUGCUAUAGGAUUCGCUACAGGCGGUGUUUCGUUGGGACGGAGGAUUCAGACAAAGAGUCCCUUUUGGGCGGAUUCCACAGGGUUUCAUCUGCUCUGUCUCACAAAGAGAAAGAUUCCAGAAAGCAUAUUUCAUUCUGGAAGAACAGCUCAUCAAAAAUGCCUGAGAUAAAGCUUUGUAGAAAUGUUCAACCUAUUCGAAAGGUGUGUUUGAAGAAGGUUACGAUCACUCGGUCCGACUCAGCAGAGAACCAGCCUAUGAAGGGAUCUGUCAAGGUGGUCAGGGUGGACGAGCGUUACUCUUCAGGCAGUACUACAGAUUCGUCCUGCCUCAGCUCUGAGCUAGAGUGGGACUUCGAAGAGACCCCUCCACAGUGGAGUUCACAGAAUGAAGACAAGCCCCAGAUGGACGCCUUCCCUCUGCAGGAGUGGACAGUCGACCCGAGGUCAAAGUCGAACACAAGUUCAAGCUCGACCGCCUGUUUCUGUAACAGUGCUGAUCUGGAAGAGAGGAUUGUUUCUGGAUCACCUGACACUAACUUUCAGAGCCUUUCUGGUCCUGUGAAAUGAUUCUAGACACACAGCAGAUGCUCCACUGCUUUAACAAUGUGA